UUGUCAGUUUGUCACGUCUUUCAAAAUCAAAUGUCUUUCGGCGUUUCAUUUUCGGCGGCGGCGCGGUAGCUUUUACAAACUUUGGUGUUUGCAAGGAAUGUUUGUUUUUCAUGUGAACUUACUAAUGCAAAUGAUAGCAGCAUUUCAAUAGAAAAAGUAUGGCUGGUUUAAAAUCACUUGCUGUCAGGGGUAUAAGAAGUUUUGGGCCAGAAGACAAUGACGAACAACGUAUAUCAUUUGAAAGGCCCUUAACUUUAAUUUUAGGCCAGAAUGGUUGUGGAAAAACGACUGUUAUAGAAUGUGUACGCUAUGCUCUUACUGGACAAAUGCCCCCAGGUAGUCGUAACGAUUGUUUUGUCCACGAUGCAAAAGUUAACAGAUCAACAGAAGUUUUAGGACAAGUCAAAUUAAAGAUUGUGAAUGCAAAAGAUGAACAACUCGAGAUAGCAAGAUCUAUGAAAGUAACAGCGCUACAAAAGAAGAAAAGUAAAUUCCAAACAUUAGAUUCAUUUCUGUCAGUAAUUGACAAUAAAGGCAAAACUAAAGAUAUUUCGUCAAGAUGUGCUGAUUUAGAUUCCAUGAUGUACGAACAAUUGGGAGUAUCAAAAGCAAUAAUGAAUUCAGUUAUAUUCUGUCACCAAGAAGAUUCAAGCUGGCCGCUUGAUGAAGGGAAAAAAGUAAAGGAACGCUUUGAUGAAAUAUUUGAAGCAGAUAAAUACAGUGAAUGUUUUGAUAAAUUAAGAAAAAUAAGGAAAGAGUAUGAAACUGAAAUAAAAGUAUUAGAACAGAAAGUGGCAAAUUUAACAGAUAAAAAAGAAAAUUUAGAUAAGAAAAAAUUAGAUGUCGUAAAUACUGAAUCGAAAAUUGGUGAAACUGAAAUUAGGUUGGCUGAACUUGAACAAGAAGUAAAACCACUUGCUGAAAAAAUUAAAGCGAUCGAAACAUUGCAGAGGAAUUUAGUAACAAUAGAAACGAAAAGAGAAAAAAUCAAAACAAAGUUGGAACAUGCUACAAAUCAAGAACAAGAACUAAAAAGUGCCAUUACCAGUUUGUUUGAAGGAUCACAAGCAGAGCUAGAGAAAAAUAUAUCCAAUUACGCUACAAUCGCCAAAACUAAAAAAGAAGAUUUAGAUAAUUCGUACAAGCAAAAUAACAAAUUCAAUAUAGAAGAAGAAAAAAUUGCUAACGAAAAGACUUCAAAUGAAAUGAAAUUUAAAGAAUUGAUACUGUUGGAAAGUCAGAAUCAAGAUAAAAUUGAUAAGAAAAAUAAUAUGAUAGAAAACACUGCAAAACUGGCUGAAAUUGAGAUAGAGAAAGUAGAAAGCAAUGAAGAUGCAGAGAAAGCGGGAGAAGCUAUAAAGGACAAAAUAAAAAGUCUAAAAAUGGAACUUAGUAAGAAAAAAAAAGAAGCCGAUACUGAAGAAAAUAAUCUACAGGCGGAUGUAGAUACUUGUCGUGACGCUUUGUCUCGCCACAAACAAAAAAUAAGCAACAAAGAAUCUGAAAUACAAAAUAUGAAAAAAGACAUCACCAAAGUGGAAAAAAGUAUCACCGACACAAACAAGUCAAAAGUGCGAUUAGAACUUCUGGAAAAGAAAAUGACCACAGCUGAAGAAGAUUAUCAGGCAGUUUCAAAUGAGAUGGAUCUAGAGGAAUGUCAGAAGUCAAUCAAUGAAGAUGUAGCUACGAUGGAGAAGAGUGAACAGGAACUUGAAGAAUUAAAUGAAAAGAUCAAUCAGUUACAAAAGCAAAGCGCUAAGUUAAAAGAGCGCGAUAUGCUAGAAGAUUCUUUAAAACAGAAAGAGAAGCAGAUGAAUGUACUAAAGAACAAACACCGCAGUGCACUCAGUGAGCUGCUCGGAGCAAUGCCCGACAAGGGAUAUGCAAUGGCCAUUAACAAAUUGGAAUGCGAAUUGAGAGCUGAAGUUGAUUCUGUUAAAAAGAAAUUAGUAGAAAAACAUACAAGUCUAACAAGUUUAGAAACGGAGAGGAAACAUGUGCGCGAGUUGGUGACGGAGCGCCGCAAUGAGCUGACCGCGGCCGAGGAUCAGAUGUUCAAGGCGUGCGGCACACAGACGUAUGAAGCAACACUCUCCAAAUUAAAUAACACUGUUGAAAAAUUACAGGAAGAACAAAAUAUGUUGCAAUCAUCAAUGUUUAUAUUUACAAAAUAUAAAAAUCAACUAAAAGACAACAAUUGUUGUCCGCUGUGCAACCGAGGUUUUGAUACAGAUUCAGAGGCGGCAGAUUUAAUUUCUCAAUUGACAACACAAGUAAUGAACGUGCCGGCCAAACAAGAGAAAGUAUCGGAAGAAUUACAGAGAACAUCAGCUAAGAGGGACGAUCUGCUCAGUAUGAAGUCUUUGAAUGAAAAAAUAAAAACAUUAAAAGAAAAAGAUGUACCGCAACUUGAGACACGUUUGAAAGACGUGGAUACGCAAAUAGCAAAAUUAACGGAAGAAUCAGAAGAACUAUCAAUGACACUGAUGGAGCCGGAACAGAAGCUGCAAAACGCCAGACAGAUACAGAGCGACAUGCCGCUACUGGACAGAUACACUAACGAGGUCGUCACCGCCAAUAAAGAUCUAGAAGCGAUCAAAGCUGAGUGCUCCGGUAUAGUGGUUGAUAUGAACUUAGAUGAAGCGACAACAAAGAGUAAUGGACUAAGACAACAGAUCACAUCUUUGAGGUCUCAAAUCAAACAAUCCCAAACAAAACUGAACCAGCACACUAAGAAGUUGCAGACAAUGGGAGAAAAGAAAAACAAACUUAAAGAGGAACUACUCAAUGUACAGAAAAAGGUCCAAGAGUUAGUGAAUUUACAAGAAAAUCUGAAACAAUUGGAAUCUAACAGAGAGAAAGCGUUGGUUGAAUUAAAGGAACUGCAAGACGCAACUACGCCUUUGGAAGUUGAUUUGAAAGAAAAGGAAAAAAUUAAAAGUGAAUGUGUUAAGAAAAAUAGGGCUGCAAUCGACGUCAAAAAUGAUUUUAUAAUUAAAAUAAAAAAUGCAUUCGAUAAAGUCGAAUCUAUUGAAGUAGAGAUCAAUGAACACAAAGAGAGGAAUGUUCAAGCAGAAAUGGAUAAAAUAAAAGAAGCCAAUGAGCGGCUGAUGGAGAAACAGAAACAGAUAAUGGUCGACAGAACUACACUUACUAAGAAAAUCGAUAGCUUGAAAGACGAACUGGCCAAACAAGAUAUAUAUAAACGCAACUUGGAAGAUAACCUCAAACUACGUAAAGCUCAAUCAGAAAUCACUAAUAGUGAGACUGAACUGGCUGCACUCAACGAGAAGCUGAGCGGAGUCAACAUGGACAUGAUUGCAGAGAAGGAACCGUUGAUGGCAAAACAUGCCGACUUGUUCAAAGAGAAACUGCAAACUGAAGGUCUGAUGGGUGGAUACAAAGAAAGAUUGAAACAAUGUAAGCUUGAACUGAAGAAAGCUGUGAAUGAGGGUAUAGAGAAACAAUACAGGGAAAAAUAUUAUGAUCUUCAUGUUAUUAAAGCUCUAGAGAAAGAUAUUAAGGAUUAUUCAGUUGCCUUAGAAAAGUGCCUUAUGGAGUUUCAUAAAGAGAAAAUGGAGAAUAUUAAUUUAAUUAUAAGAGAAAUGUGGAGGAAAAUUUAUAGGGGGAAUGAUAUUGAUUAUAUUGAAAUUAAAACGGAAGGAAGCGCUACUGCUAAUGCUGAUCGUAGGAAAUACGAUUACAGAGUGGUGCAGUGUAAGAACGGUGUGGAAAUCGACAUGCGUGGCCGCUGCAGCGCGGGACAGAAAGUGUUGGCCUGCCUCAUCAUACGUUUGGCGCUGGCUGAAACCUUCAGCACAAGGUUCGGUAUCUUAGCAUUAGAUGAGCCAACAACAAAUUUAGAUCAAGAGAAUGUUAAAAGUCUGUGCGAGGCUCUCGGGGAAAUCGUUUUAGAAAGAAUGACGCAAAAGAAUUUCAUGUUCAUCAUCAUCACCCACGAUAGAGAAUUCAUCGAGUCCUUGGGCAGUAUUGACAAGGUCACGCAUUUCUACGAAGUUUCCAGAAACGAAGAAGGAAAAUCCAGAAUCAAAAAGAUUAGAUUUACUUAAUGCAUUUUUCAAAUCCUCCAGUCAUUCCUAUUUCGAAUGUCAAUUGCUGUUAAAAAGGCUGUGCCUUACGAAAUUUAUAAAAGUUAAGCAUUACAUUUUUAUAUAUUAAUAAAUAUAACCUUUUUAUAUGUUUU